AGCAGAUAAUGGAAAUUUGAAAACAAGUCAAACAAUCACAAACCACUAUAAAAGUUUUACAGCUAAUUGGAUUUGGCAUCAGUUUACAAGAGGCGUUCCAACAAUCAGCAUUACAAACCCCACCAAACACAGGAAAUCCAAGAUGUUCAAGAUCAUCGCUCUGGUUGCCUGUCUGGCCGUUGUUGCCUCCGCCCAGUACUACGAAGGAGAUCACGGUCAGCAUGAGGAUCACUAUCAUUCCCACCCAAAGUACAAGUUCGAGUACGGCGUCAAGGAUGGACACACCCACGAUCACAAGAGCGCUUGGGAGCACCGCGAUGGAGAUGUCGUGAAGGGACAGUACACUCUGGAUGAGGCCGAUGGCACCCACCGCGUCGUGGACUACAGCUCGGACCACAAGGGAGGAUUCCAGCCACAUGUGCAGCGCGUCGGACAUGCCCACCACCCACAUGGAGAGAGCUACGCCAACAUCGAUCAGCACUAUUGAAGAUAG